GCCGGCCCGACCCGCUGCCAGUGUGCCCUGGUUGGUGGUGCGGGCGUCUGUUGUCGCCGCUGCGUUCACCAUGGCCUGGGUGUGGACCGCGCCGCAGCCUCUCAGGAGUCGUGGGUCCUCCGAGCCUCUUUAGUGCUGGGGUUCGGGCCGCAGGCAGCUCCGCGGCAGCAGGAGAGCAGAACCUCUGAAUGGACCCUUCCUGGGAAGCUUUGCGGAUUUGCAGCAGCUGGACAAUGCUCCUCAUUACCAUCUGUCUGUCAGCAUAGCGUCACGUCGUUUCCCUGUGCUCUUGAACCUAGUGGGCCUCUAGGCAAGAUGUCCCUGCCCAUCGGGAUGUGCCGCCGGGCUUUCAGCUAUGACGAUGCCCUCGAGGACACCGCGCCCAUGACUCCUCCUCCUGCGGACAUGAGCAGCAUCCCCUGGAAGCCGGUGAUCCCAGAGCGCAAGUACCAGCACCUCGCCCAGGUGGAGGAAGGAGAGGCCAGCGUGUCCUCCUCUGCCAUGACCCUGUCAUCGGCCGUUGACAGUGUGGACAAGGUCCCGGUGGUGAAGGCUAAAGCUACACAUGUCAUCAUGAAUUCUCUAAUCACAAAACAGACCCAGGAAAGCAUUCACCGUUUUGAACAACAGGCCGGACUGAGAGAUGCUGGCUACACACCGCACAAGGGCCUUACCACUGAGGAGACCAAAUACCUUCGAGUGGCAGAAGCACUCCAUAAAUUAAAGCUGCAGAGUGGAGAGAUAACUAGAGAAGAGAAGCACCCUGCGUCGGCCCAGUCCACCCCCAGCAGCACCCCACACUCUUCCCCUAAGCACAGGCCCAGAGGCUGGUUCCCCUCUGGUUCUUCCACAGCCUUACCUGGCCCAAAUCCUAGCACCAUGGAUACUGGGAGUGGGGAUAAGGACAGAGCCUCAUCAGAUAAGUGGAGCCUCUUUGGACCACUGUCACUCCAGAAGUCUGACCCAGGACGCUUUGCCACCCAGCCCUACCGAGGUGCCCAGAAGCCCUCUCCAAUGGAACUGAUCCGUGCCCAGGCCACCCGGAUGGCGGAGGAUCCAGCAACCUUCAAGCCCCCCAAGAUGGACAUCCCAGUGACAGAAGGGAAGAAACAACCACCACGGACCCACAGUCUCAAGCCCCGGGACUUGAAUGUGCUCACGCCCACUGGCUUCUAGAGCUCUCUCUAUCCCAGGGCCUGUGUAGAGGGUGUCUUGCCCCGCACCUCCCCUCUUUGGCUCUGACAUAGGAAAGGUAUAUUUUUUAAAAACCUCUUAAACUGAGGCUAGAGCUGGAGACAUAAUUGGUUUUGGAGAAGCCGUGUAAGCUUGUCCUGUGUGAAGCCAUCUUGUACUUCUUUAAUGUUAGCCGCAAUCAUGCCCACAGUGAGGUAUGAAGGACGUUACCUGUUUUUGUAUCAUUCACCUUAGACGAGACCUUUGCUCAUUGUUUACUGGGCAGACAAUGCUUGUGGUUUUUCCAAAACAGGGGCCCCUUCACCACUGACGUGACAGACCACGGCAGGGGGCACUCGCCGCCCGCCUGGGCCACGGCCCUCGGCUGUGCUCUAGCCUUGUGGGCAGGGGGCCCUGGAGCUCCGAGACCUGCAGUUAGAGCCAGACUUGGCCGGGACCCCGUCCAGGCUGCGCUAGUCUCUGCCUUUGGCCGACCUAGUGGAGUCCUCUGUCCUGCAGCCCGUUCUCCCCGUGGUACCCUCGCCGUGCUGUUGCAGGGCAUCUCCCUUCGUGUGUCAGAACAAACAGUAGUCUUGCAUGUCCUUUCCUGCACUCUAACAUGAGAUAAUUAACGCCAAUCUGGUUGGAAACCUCCUAAGGAGAAAAUUCAGUCUGCUGAUUUGGUGUAGAUAAAUGGAUGCUGAACUUUAAAGCGAAGAUGGGAACUAGUUAUGCCUUGGGGCUCGUGUGAACCUAGUG